CGCGUGCUUCAUGUUUUAGUCGCGCUCGGUGAAUGACAUGUCCUUUUCUCUUCUCCGCUACAUCCUGUCUGCGCAUGGAUCAAUGGAGUCUAAAAAUCAGGACUUUCAGCCCUGGAAGGAUUACAUGGGUUUGGCAGGCAUGAUCAGAGGCAUGCAGCGGCCAGCAGAGCAGUCAGACGCGGACGAUGACAAGAGCAAGCGAGCCGCCGCCGCCGCGCUCCUGGAGUCUCCAAGCGGCCUGACGCGAGCGUACACGACCGUGUCGACGGAGAAAAGAAGCCCGGAACGCGGCAGGAGCACCAGCUGUAGCCCGUCCGAGAAAAAGUUCUGCAGCUUCUGCAAACACAACGGAGAGACUGAAGCCGUGUUCACCUCACACUACUUAAAAGACCGCGCUGGAAACGUGAUGUGCCCCUACUUGAACCAGUACGUGUGUCCCCUGUGCGGAGCCACCGGGGCCAAAGCGCACACCAAGAGAUUCAGCCCGCUCGUGGAUAAAACUUACAACUCCGUGUACGCCAAGGCAACAUGGUGAACCGGACAUUUCUGACCCGCAGAACACCUGGCCACGGUAAACGAGAAGAUUUGAAUAAACAUUUUUACGAGAGGUUUUAAUAUUUAAGUUUUAACUUUUAAUUGUUUGAUCCGUAAAUUUGGCUUGUGUGUAAGUUUGCAUGCAUGUGUGCUUCCACGGUUCGACUUUGCACGUUUUUUUAUUUUGUCUUCCUCCUAUUUCUUUAAAUUGUGUGCAGUGGUGUUGUGUGUUUCACUAUUUUUCUUUUAAACAAACUUGUUCACAAGCCAAUAGGCUCGCUACAGGUGCAACCGCGUUUGACCACUCCGUCGAGCCAAAAACUAGCUCUUUCAUGUUUCAUUUGAUAAAGAAAAAUCUUUUGUAUUUGAUAUAAUACUUUUAUUGCGAUGCUC